AACAAAAUCAACAUAUUCAGUAUCACUAUCACACACUCCUAUAUCUCAUACUCAUUUUCAAUUUAAAUUCAUUUGAUGUUAACUCUUCUCCCUCCUUCUAACACAUAAAUAGAUAUAAACCUUAUCAUAAAAAAAUUGCAAAGAACUUCCAUUAGGAAAAGAAAAGAAAACACACCCUUCUUGUGAAUACAACUACCAUGAAAUUCAUCAUCAUAUUUGUUUUGAUAUUUCAUACCCUUUCCAUGAAUCUUGCACAUGGAAAGAAGGUUAAUAUUGAUCACAAGAAAACUAUUGUGAAAAGUGGUUGUGAUUUGUUUGAAGGAAAAUGGGUUUAUGAUGAAUCAUUCCCUUUAUAUGAAACUUCACAGUGUCCUUUUAUUGAGAAAGAAUUUGAUUGUCAAAAUAAUGGUAGACCAGAUCAAUUCUAUCUAAAGUAUAGAUGGCAGCCCACUGGAUGUAACUUACCUAGAUUCAAUGGUGAAGAUUUCUUAAGAAGAUAUAGAGGAAAAAGUGUUUUGUUCGUGGGGGACUCUUUGAGUUUGAAUCAAUGGCAAUCACUCACUUGCAUGCUUCAUAUAGCGGUCCCACAAGCUCACUAUAACUUAGUGAGAGUUGGUGGUCUCUCCAUUUUCACCUUCAGUAGCUACAAUGUUAAGGUGAUGUUCUCACGCAAUGCAUUUUUGGUGGACAUUGUUGGUGAAAAUAUUGGUAGAGUUUUGAAACUAGAUUCUAUUGAAGCUGCCAAUACAUGGAAAGGAAUUGAUGUUUUGAUUUUUGACUCUUGGCAUUGGUGGCUUCACACAGGAAGAAAACAACCAUGGGAUUUUAUUCAAGAAGGGAAUAAUAGAUUUAGAGAUAUGGAUCGUUUGGUUGCAUAUGAGAAAGGAUUGAAAACAUGGGCCAAUUGGGUUGAUGACAAUAUUAACAUUACUAAAACAAAGGUGUUCUUCCAAGGAGUUUCUCCGGAUCAUGUUAACUCAGAGCAAUGGGGAACACCAACAGAAAGUACAAAAUUUUGUGAAGGACAAGCAAAACCAUUAUUAGGAACCAAGUAUCCAGGAGGCCCACACCCAGCAGAAUUGGUUCUAGAAAGAGUUCUAAGUUCCAUGAAAAAGCCUAUAAACUUGCUUGAUAUCACAACUUUAUCACAACUUAGAAAAGAUGGUCACCCUUCAGUUUAUGGACAUGGAGGACAUAGGGACAUGGAUUGCAGCCAUUGGUGCUUAGCUGGUGUUCCUGAUACUUGGAAUCAACUUUUAUAUGCAACUUUAAUUCAAAAUUGAUUGAUGCAUAUUCUUAAAUUAAAAUUAUGCUCUUUAUGUUCUUGUAUAUUUUCAAUUAAUAUUUGUAAAGAUGAUCAAAUAAGGUAUAUCUUAUUACAAGUGUGAAAUUUUAAGUUGAAAUAAGUAAUGUUGGAUAGAGGAUUGAAGAAUCUAUCAAAAUCUCUUUUUUUUA